AUGUCAACGGGCGCUCCUGUGUCCAGUGUGGAUACAAUUUCUCCCACAUUGUCGACACAGGGUCAUUAUAAGCCCACUCCUAGCCGUGGUCAUUCACGCUCCAAACGCUGGUCGCAGGGGCCGAUCUCCUAUUCUGCGUCUGAUGCAGCUUCCACUCAACAAUCGUCUCAACCAUUGACUGGACCGACAGACGUCAACGGGAAUGCAUCGAGCUCGUCGCAUGGACAUCAACAUUCGCACUCACACUCUUCAAGUCAUGGCGAACCGUGGGGAAAAUUCGACCACGCCAAUGGUCUUCACACACACAUAUCGAAACAUAGCCAUUCUGGUAGCGUAACGGGGCUGGUGCCAGAUACGCCUAUCGUAUCGUCCAACCCCGAGUCAUUGAGGACAGGAGUACUUGCUGGGAUCGCGGUUCUCGCCUCUAGGUUUGAGGAUAGACAGUUGCGCUUGGUGAUGCAAGCCCAUAACCAUCAUCACCAUCACCACACUCAUUCCAUUGAUGAUGCGUCCAACAUCACGAAGCUUAUCCUCCGCUAUAGUGAACCGUAUCCUCUACUGUAUAGCAUUCUCAAAGAGAGUGACUCUCGUCGCAUCUUCUAUUUCAUGACUCUCAAUUUUGCGUUCAUGCUCGUGCAGCUAUCCUACGGAUUUCUCACAGGGUCGCUGGGACUCCUCAGUGAUAGCAUCCAUAUGUUCUUUGACUGUCUCGCGCUUGUUGUUGGCCUCUGCGCCGCCGUUAUGAGUAAAUGGCCACCCAGCGCAAGAUUCCCUUAUGGAUAUGGCAAAGUAGACACACUGUCUGGGUUUGCUAACGGCGUUUUCCUCAUGAUCAUCAGUAUCGAGAUCAUCUACGAAGCGGUGGAAAGGUUAUCAUCGGGCAGCCAGAUGCACCGUAUCGGAGAGCUCUUGGUGGUCAGUGCUGCCGGCCUCGCCGUGAAUCUUGUGGGUAUCAUGGCAUUCGACCAUGCGCACCACAGACAUGACCAUGGCCAUGAUCAUUCGCAUGACAAUGAGAACAUGCACGGGAUCUUUCUCCACAUUCUCGCCGAUACCCUUGGCUCCGUCGCCGUUGUGAUAUCGACCAUUCUCGUACACUACUCUGGCUGGUCAGGGUACGACCCCAUCGCGUCCUGCAUGAUUGCCAUCUUGAUUUUUGCCUCUGCAGUGCCGCUAGUCAGCAGCACGGCCAAGAAACUGCUCCUCACACUUCCGGCCGACGUCGAAUAUAAUGUUCGCGAGACGCUAGCUGGCGUUAGCACCUUGCGGGGUGUUGUAGGGUAUACCGUUCCCAAAUUCUGGCUCGACGAUACGGCAAAAUCGGACCACGACCACGGCUGCAGCCACAGCCACAGCCACAGCCACAGCCAUAACCAUAGCCAUCACGACCACGAUCACGGUCAUGAACACAGUCAUAACCACAGUCAUGGUCAUGGUCACGACCACAGUCACAAUCACAACCACUCCCACAGCCACAGCCACUCGCACUCCCAUUCCCACUCCCACAGCCACGACCACGACCACGCACACGAAAAGUCCAACCCCAAUGUUCUGGGCGUAAUCCAUGUCAUCGCGUCUCGCAGCUCCGACCUUGAAGACGUGCGCCAACGGACCGUCGAUUUUCUCCGAGAAAAAGGCAUGGAUAUUCUGGUCCAAGUAGAACGAGAAGGUGACGGACGAUGCUGGUGCGGAGGUGGAGGGAACAAGAGCUCCUAA